UCAAAUCCUAUUUGUCUUUCUUCCACUGAUUUAUUAUUCAGUGAUACGAAUCAAAGACAUUCAAAAUUUUCAUUGACGUAUUCAAGGUCAAUGCAACGAGAGUCGAGUAUUGGUUCAGUACUUCCAAUGACUUUUCGUGGCCAUGACGAAGCGUUCGCUAGACACUUACAAUGUCGAUUGAAAUCAUUAGGAAAUGAAAUACCAACUGAAAAAGAAACAGAAACUAAUUCAACAAAAGCAAAUAAUACCAAUAAUAACAAUGAAGUAUUUUAUGAAUAUUCGAUAAAUUCCCCAGAAAGUCCUAUCGAUGAAACUACAGCAGAACCAAAUUUUAUCACCUGUAAUGAAGCGGAUAUAUUUCAGUCUCUCGAUUCGCCAGAUUGUGGUGAAUUCACAUGUAACACAUUAAAAAAUGUAACAAAUUGUCUGCCAAAUUCAAGUACACAUACGUGUAUUAUAAAUGACGACCCAGAAACAUCGGACUCAAGUGAAUAUUAUGAUACCGAAAAUUUAGAUAACGAAUUAUUAAACAGUAUUUCACCAAGAAUAAAUUUAAUUGAAGAUAACAGCGAUUUAGUCAUAGACAAUAAUAAAAUUAAUAAUUCAAUAGAAGUUCCUAGUAAUGAAACUCAAACGAAUGGAAAGGCUGAUAAUAUAACAAAUGGGGAAAAUUUUUGCAAUUCCUUAAAUAUUAAUAAACAUAUGACAAUUGAAUGUACACCAAAGUUAGAGGUAUCAACCGUAGAAGUAAAUAUCCCUGAAAGCAAUAAUAGUAACAACAAUCUCAGUCCUAACACCAUAAAUAACACAGUCGAUAUAAAUAUAAAUGAUGCAGAAGAAGAAGAUGAAAGUGAAAAUCGUAUUCCAAGAAUACGACGAUGUUCAUCAUUAAAAACUGGCAAAACACCACCAGGCACACCAGGCCAAAAGAAAAUCGUACGUUUUGCAGAUGUAUUGGGUUUAGAUUUAGCGGAUGUACGAACAUAUUUAGAUGAAAUACCAAAAAUUCCCACAUCAGCGUAUGAAGAUCUAAAUGUUUUGGAUUUAUGUGUAAAUUCCUGUGAUCAAGAUACCUGCUUAAAUUCAUUAACUGACCAAAUUGAUUCGAUGUACUGUCGUCAAAAACCAGAAAAAGUACUUGUACCAUUGUUCCAACAACCGGGGGGUGAAACAGAUUUUAUUGAACGUGUCCGCCAACGACAAUGUUGCCUAGAAAAUGCAUGUGUACAAGAUAAUGUAUCGCUAAGUAUAGCUGGCACAGUUAGGGUACGCAACAUAGAUUUCAACAAAUCAGUUCAUAUACGUUACACGUUAGAUUCUUGGAAAACGUAUUCAGAUUUACAAGCAACAUAUGUGCAAAAAUCUUGUGAUGGUUUCUCUGACAAAUUUACAUUUUUAUUAUAUUGCCAUACACUAGAUAUUGGUCAACGCAUUGAAUUUGCAAUACGAUAUACAACAUCAAAUCUUGAUUUUUGGGAUAAUAAUGCUGGAAAAAAUUACUGUUUUCAAUGUUUACCAUCAGUCAAUAAUUCAGCCUUCGUACCAAUAACUUCCCAGAAUGAACAGUGGGGAAAUUCAUCAUUUUAUUAAUUUUUUGUAGUCACUUUAACAUAAUAUUUACCCAAAUUUAUUUAAGUCUUAUGGGGCCAUCCAUUUAUAACUCACACAAACGACGAAAAUUCUCCCACCUAUAAACUUUUAUCUUGUGAUGUCAUUUAUUUAAAAAUUUGCAAUAAAAUUCCAAAUUAAGAGUUUAUCAAUGUUAAUUUGAACUGGAACAUUUACGAAUCGAGCGAAAAAGCUAGCCAUACACGGAACUCUUUCCUGUGAGAAAGAGCGUAAGUCUGCAGGCAAUAUUUUCUAUAAAAUCUUCUUUUCGAUUUUUCACAAAAUUUCAGAAUUUAUUGCCUUAUUUUCUACUGAAGCUUUACAAAAAAUAAAGAACAAAUAGAAAGUUAAUGCUACGCUCUCUUACUAGAUAUAGAUAGAUGUUUGCUAGAGCAACAAAUGGAUAGAUAAAGCGAAUGUGCUAUAUUUUCGGAAUUGUUUACAUACUUAAAAAAUGAUGUCACAAUCGCAAAGGCAAUGUCUGUUCAUCCCACUUGUUCUAUCUAAUCAUACAUGCAUCUUAAUUUAUGGAUGGCCCCUAUCCACCAAAUACCCUGAUAUUACCUUUCUACAAGAUUCAAACGAUCUAAAAAAUCCUUAUUUAUAAAGAAAAAUUAUUAUUUGAUUUGUUUUAAAAAUCCAUUUUGUAUCGUUUGUGUCUCGUGGAGAAGUAAUUCGAUAUAUGGAGGUAUAUUUUUAAGUCACCGUAUAUAUUGUACCUAUUAAUCGAGGUAAUAACACCG